GUGCCUGAGAAAGGAGAGGCAAAGACUCAGGAUAAGACGCAUCGUGAAGACGAGGGAAAGCGAGAGGCCGAGGAAAGUAAGGAGACCGAGGCACAGGUGCCUCGCGAGGAGGAGUCCAAGGAGGUGGGGAAAACGGAGGCGAAGGCAAGGCCGCGCUUUGAUCCUUUUGUGCCACUCCGCUUGACCCCUUUUGCUUUGGAGGGGCCUUCGGACCAGCAGUGGGCCCAGAGAAAGGUGUCGGUGAAGGUGGCAGCAGAGGGUGCCGACGGUCUCAACGAGAUUCACUUCAACAUGCCAAGCUGGCAAGUGUUUGUCUACGCCUCUGGCGAAGAUGAUGCAGGCCUGCGUGAGGGAGCCUGGUGUGAUCACAGCCGAGUUCCGAUGGAAGAUGCGGCCUUCCUACUUGGCACAGUGGUCUUGAAGACCGAGGAGAUUGCAGCAGCGGCUGCCAUCUCAUGCAUCUUGUGCGGAGCCAGCGGGCAGGACACCCUACACAGCCUCGGUUGCCGGGGCGAGGAGGUGGUCGUGAGGGCUGCGGGCACCUUAGCGUCCCUGGAAGACUGCCACGUUACUUUGAUUUUCCGUGGCACAUACGGCAGGUGCCUCGUGCAGAUCAAGAGGCCAAGAGAUAUGCCAUGCUUCCGUCCUGGAUCGCAAGAGUGUGCUUUAAUCGUUCGUGAUGGCAUCUCGAUUGAAAGACCGGGAACCUUCACAGUGUCAUCUGAAGAAGUGGUCGUCUUCGUUGUCGUCGCA